AUGAAUGAUAUCUGUAAAUUCGACUCAGAACCUUCAUUUUUACAUUCUCCGAAGUUUCUAAAAUAUUCUCUUCAUAUUAUAGGAUGCCUUUCAAUUCCUAUUCAUAUUCUUGGUUUCUAUUGUGUAUUUUUCAAAACUCCGGCGAAAGUUCGAAGUGUGAAACAAACUAUGUUUAUCACUUCGUUUUGGUAAACAAAAUUCAAGAAAUGUGAAAAAUCCGUAUCUUUCAGGGCUUGUGUUCUAGAUAUGAAUGUCUCUUUUUUCACAAUAUUCCUUGUCUUGGCUCCAUCAGCUUCAGCUUCAUCUUUAGGAUUUCUAACAGAUUUUGGUGUUUCUGUCCAGUAUCAAACAUAUAUCACUGCUUAUAUUCUAAUAGGUGUUUAUCUUCUGAUCUUCGUCAAGAAAACCAAAGAUUUAUUUAUAAAUUUCAGCUGUUUGUUGUUCAGUGAUUUGUCUUAUUCAGAAUCGGUUUAUCCAAUUAACAAAUAUUCGAAUUAACCGGAUUCUAGCUCAGUUGCUCAUUUAUCUAUUUAACUUUACAUUUUCCACAUUAUUUUUCAUAGCAAUUCACAAACAAAUACCUAAAGAUCAACUGAGAGCCCGUGAAAUAGUUCUAGAAAAUCUGCCAUGUCUUCACCAUUGUAUUUAUAAUCUUCCCAUUUUCGUUAUCACAUUGAAUACGAGUAAUUUCAUCGUUUUGUUUGGAAUUCCUAUAACUCUUACUGGUUUGCAAUGCGCAUUCUUCAUUUCCAUCACCUAUUUUUAUUUGUUCACUAAAAAUGGGACGAAUUCAGAUGUACAAACGAGAAAUUUACAGAAGAAAUUUUUCACGAAUAUUUGUAUUCAAGUUGGAAUUCCGUUUUUAUCCGUAACCAUUCCUGCGUUGUAUAUUGGAUAUAGUUUUCUGACAGAAUAUCACAAUCAAGGUUAGAAUUUUAGUAAACAAUGGGGAUUCUAUUGUAGUUCUUUUUUCUACGUCAUAGCUCAUGUUCAGAGUUGAGCAGUGGAUAAUUUGAUCCUGAGAGAAAGAUUAGCUUUUACUUGAAAUCAAAAACCAAUCAUUUUGUCCUAAUCUCGUAAUAAAAUUGUAAGGAAAAGUUGGUUUCCCUCGAUUUGAAAUUUUGCCACGUCAUAACUCAGAAUUCUAAAUUUUCAGCGCUCAACAAUUUUUUCAUUAUGUUAUUCGACUCUCACGGUUUAUGUCUCAAUAUAUCAAUGAUUUUGACACAUCAAUCAUAUCGAGAAACAAUACAAUUUUGGAAAUGGAAGAAGCCAAAAAACGAUAGUAUAAAUAUAACAAUUAUUCGGAAUAAUCCGAUAUAA